AUGGCUGCUAAAAAAUCUGCUGCAGAUAAAAUCCUAUUGCUGUUCGACUUGAAUGGUACGCUCGGCUAUGUGAAUAAGAAUCUCAAAACUGUAUCAUAGCAAGGUAUCUACACUGGAAAUGAACUGAUCAAGCCAGUCUUCUAAGAUGCACAUUAAUAAAUCUAUCAAAGACCUAAUCUCAAAUAUAUAAACCAUGAUAUCUUGUUGAAAAUGAAAGAUAAAUUCGAUAUUGGAGUAUGGUCAUGUCAGAGUCGAGAAAACACCCAGGUCUAACUCAAGUACCUGUUCGGCAGAUUCUUUCCUCAGAAGGGCUUGCAGGGAAAAGACUAUGCAGAAUCAGUAGAAGAAUAAGAAAUCAAGCCAGUGCCCAUUUCAAGAAAUCUAGGCUCGAUAUUCCAGAAGUACCCCUAAUAUGAUGAGCAGAGCACAAUAGUGGUUAGCAAUUUCUAUAACAAGAUGGAAGACUUCCAAAGAAAUGACUUAGUCCUGCCAAUGUAUCAUCCAAAAGUUGGCACUACUGACUUUAUUGAUGAUAGGCACAUGCAUUUCUUGUAUCAGUACUUGAAGUUCAUACUAUCCUUGGACACUGCAGUAGGGUCAGACAUCAGAAUUAGAAUGGGCUAUGCUUCAUACGAGGCAUUCAUUCAGAGGUUAGUUAAGUAAUCUAAAAUUGAUUCCUACAACUAUGGCAAGAACACUACUCCAGAAUUCUGA